CCAGGACCGCUACAUACCACUAGCAUCAGGUACCAAUUUUUGUGAGGGCGCUGAUUUGAAAGAAAAACAGGGGUUUUGAUGCUCUUGGGAAAAGAAUAAAAGUGCAGAACGAAUAAAAAGAUAUGCUUGCUAGUUGGAGUUGAGCAGGAGAUGGGUGGCAUGACGCAGGAGACGGCCGGUGCCGUGCAGGAGACUGAAGUGGCCGACGAGGCAGGUUCUUUUGGAGAUUUGGCUGAUGUAACUGAGCAGACGGGGUCGGCUGAUGUUUCUGAUGCAGCCAAUGAUGUGCCUUACGUGGUGGUGGAAAAGGGUGAGUCUCACUUGGCAGUCGUGAUGGAGGUUGCAGAGAAGGAUGAUGCAGCUGAGUUGGCGGAGGAUAAGGAUGUGGCUGACUUGGUUGAAAUGAAAGAGGUCAUAGAGAAAGAGGAUGUGCCAUAUUUGGCAGAAACUUCAGAGACUGCAGUGAAAGAGGAUGUGGCUGCUUUGGUGGAAACCACGGAAAUGACGGGGGCCACGGAGGAUGACUUGUCUGAUUUGGCGGGAAUGACAGAGGCUGCAAAGAAAGAGGAAGUGACUGACUUGGUGGAAACACAUAAGGUUGUAGAGGAGGAUGGUGUGGCUCACUUGGCAGCAAUGCCGGAGGUUGCUGAGAAGGAGGACGUGGCUGACUUGGUGGAGAUGACAAAGAUUGCAGAGGAGGAUGGGGCUGGCUUGGCAGAGAUGGCAGAGGUUGCAGAGGAGGAUGGGGCUGACAUGGUGGAGAUGAGGGAGGCUGCAGAGACAAGGGGUGGGACUGACUUGGAAGAAGUGACGGGGGAGACGAAUUUGGAUGGUCAAGUAGCAGAGAAUGUGGAUUUGUCAGGCCCAGCAGCUGUGGAAAUGGAUCUAACUGGCCCAUUGGUUGAGGAGACGAAAUUGGCAGAGGUUGCUGAGGAGGAUGGACCUAGGGAGGCUGCAAAGAUUGUGGGUGGGGCUGACUUGGCAGAAGCAAUGGAAGAGACAAAUUUGGAUGGUCGAGUAGCAGAGAAUGUGGAUUUGUCAGGCCCGUUAAUUGGGGAAACAGAUUUUAUGGGCCCGUUGGUUGAGGAGACAGAUUUGAGAGGUCCAAUGGCUGAGGUGGCGGAUUUGGCAGUUCUAGUGGAUGAUGAGAUGGCUAUAGCAGGCACAGUUGUGGAUAUGGAUUUUGGUGUCCAUGUAGAUGGGAUGAAAGAAGCAGUAGACGAAGCAAAUGUGACUGAAGUGGAAGAUGAGAUUGUGGAGGCAGGGGAGGACUUGUCAGAGAAGGCUAUGGAAGCAGUAGAGGUGGCAGAAAGGGCAGAGGAGACCUCAGAGGCUGGGGAGGAAAUGGAUGUAAUGGAGGAGAUAGAGAUGGUGGAAGCAAGUGGGGUUAGUAGUGGAGGGAAGAGAAAGCGUGGCAAGAAUUCUCGGGCCAUGGCGAGAGUCCCAGCAAGGAAGAAGAUGGAAGAGGAUGUUUGUUUCAUUUGCUUUGAUGGGGGCGAUCUGGUGCUUUGUGAUCGCAGGGGAUGCCCUAAGGCGUACCAUCCUUCUUGUGUUAAUCGUGAUGAGGCAUUCUUUCAGACUAAGGGUCGAUGGAAUUGUGGUUGGCACCUGUGUAGCAACUGUGAGAAGAAUGCCUACUAUAUGUGUUAUACUUGUACAUUUUCCUUGUGCAAGGCAUGCAUCAAUGAUGCAGUUAUCUUAUGUGUGAGAAGAAACAAGGGCUUCUGUGCAACAUGCAUGAAAACGGUCAUGUUAAUCGAACACAAUCUGCAAGGAAACAAGGAUAUGGGUCAAGUAGAUUUUGAUGACAAAAGUAGUUGGGAGUAUCUUUUCAAGGAUUACUGGAUAGAUUUGAAAGAGAGGCUGUCUCUGACUUUAGAAGAACUCAAUCAAGCUAAAAAUCCAUCAAAAGAAUCUGAUUUAUUUGCUGCUAGACAGGAAUCUCCUGAUGAACUUUAUGACGCUAAUAAUGAUGAGGGGUCAGAUUCAGACAGUUCUCCUGGUAAUACAGAAAAAAGUAGCACUAAAAGGAGGGCCAAGAAACGGCUGAAGCCCCGAUCCAAGGAAACUGAUUCACCAGCCCUUGCUAGAGCAACUGGUGCCGAAGGUCCUUCGACGGAUGAAAAUGCUGAAUGGGGAUCAAAAGAACUCUUGGAGUUUGUUAUGCACAUGAAAAAAGGUGACAGAUCUGUUUUGUCUCAGUUUGAUGUGCAGGCUCUCUUGCUAGAGUACAUAAAGAGAAACAAACUCCGAGAUCCCCGGCGCAAAAGUCAAAUCAUUUGUGAUUCAAGGCUUCAGAGUCUGUUUGGGAAACCACGUGUGGGGCAUUUUGAAAUGUUAAAGCUUCUUGAAUCCCACUUUCUUAUAAAAGAGGAUUCUCAGGCCGAUGAGCUUCAAGGAAGUGUUGUUGAUACUGAAGGUAGUCAGGUGGAGAAUGUUGGGAUCUCUGAUGCCCUUGUAAAGACCGGUAGAGAUAAGAAACGUAAAACUCGUAAGAAGGGUGAUGAGAGGGGACCCCAAUCAAAUCUUGACGACUAUGCGGCCAUUGAUAUUCACAACAUUAAUUUAAUUUACUUGAGACGUAAUUUAGUGGAAGAACUAAUUGAAGAUACAGAAAUGUUACAUGACAAAGUUGUUGGUUCUUUUGUGAGAAUAAGGAUUUCUGGUAGUGGUCAAAAGCAAGAUUUGUAUAGGCUGGUCCAAGUUGUAGGUACAUGCAAAGCUGCUGAGCCCUAUAAAGUUGGUAAAAAGAUGACAGAUAUCUUGCUAGAAAUAUUAAAUUUAAACAAGAUAGAGAUUGUAUCAAUUGAUAUAAUCUCAAAUCAAGAGUUCACCGAGGAUGAAUGCAAGCGUCUGCGCCAAAGCAUAAAGUGUGGACUUAUCAACCGGCUGACUGUGGGAGAUAUUCAGGAGAAAGCAAUGGCACUUCAAGAGGUCAGGGUCAAAGAUUGGCUGGAAACAGAGAUAGUGCGCCUCAGUCAUCUUCGUGAUCGAGCUAGUGAAAAAGGGCGUAGGAAGGAGCUCAGAGAAUGUGUAGAGAAAUUGCAACUCCUCAAGACACCUGAGGAGCGCCAGCGUAGACUGGAUGAAUUUCCAGAAAUACAUGUUGACCCAAACAUGGAUCCAAGUUAUGAAUCGGAAGAAGAUGAAGGUGAAAGAUACGAUAAGAGACAAGUGCAUGCAGAAACUUACAUAAGACCAAGAGGUACUGGCUUUGGCCGGAGGGCAAGUGAAUCAGUUUCUCCGCAAACAGGAAGUCCCGCUUUUAGUGAUUCCUGGGGUGGGACUAGGAACUAUUCUGACACGAGUAGAGAAUUAAGCAGGAAUAUGUCAAGUAAAGGGUUUCCUUAUAAAGGAGAUGAUACUACUGGUGCUGGCGACAUAGUGAAUGAACGGAAUCAAGGAAGAGACAGAGACACACAGCAAGCAAGCAGUUGGGAGAAGCAAAGAGGUGCUGAAACUUCAGGAAUUGGUGCUUUUACAAUCCAAUCGGUGGCAAAGUCUGAAACAAAUCCUGCUGUCUCAGAAAUUUCAGCAGUAUCUCACUCUACCGUGGUGGCUCAACCUGCUGCCACAAUCAAUGAAGCAGAAAAAAUGUGGCAUUAUCAGGAUCCAUCUGGAAAGGUCCAGGGACCAUUUUCCAUGGUUCAGUUGCGUAAAUGGAACAACACUGGAUAUUUUCCUGCUAAUCUGAAUAUUUGGAGAGCCAGUGAAAAGCAGAAUGAUUCUCUACUUUUGACUGAUGCAUUGGCUGGAAAGUUUCAGAAAGACCUCCUGUUAGGGGAUAACAGUUUUCCAAAGGCUCAAAUGGUGCAAAAUUUGCAUAUGUCAUCCUCAUAUUCUGGGAUACCUCAUGGAGCACCCUUACAGCAAGGCAUGGAAGGUCAAGUUGGUGACAGAUCAAACUUUGAUGAGAAUCGUGGAGCUCUGAAUUCACAUACAAACUUUGAUGAGAAUCGUGGAGCUCUGAAUUCCCGUACUAGUGCAGGUUCUUCAGGCCAAUCUAUAGGAGGAAGUUGGAGGACUCAAAAUGAAAUCAGUCCUGCAGGCAAGCAUGCAAUGUCUGUUCAGGUCCCUAAUAUUUCUUCUGAUGGGUGGGUUCCCAACUCCCAAAAGGAUUCAUCAAACCUUCCUUCACCUACUCCACUCCAAACUACCACAGAGAUGACAAAGGGGCAUCCUUUUGAAAGUAAGCGGAUGCAAAAUUAUGUUCAGACAGCUGGUUCCAUUAGGGAUGCCAAUUCUUUCUCAGGUGGUAAUGGGAUGCAAUCUCCUGCUGCAGUUAUCCUGGAGAGGGCUGUUCAAGGUGCAGAAAAUACUGGUGCAAGUUCAAAUCCUGCGGUGGUCCCUGUACCCAAGCCAGAUAAUAGUAUGCUACUAGGCUCUUUAAAUGCCCUUUUAAUGCAUGCUCAAUCAACGGUGCCACAAUCUGUUUUGGCUGAUGCUUCAAUGAGUCCCAACGUAAAUAUGAAGAAUACUGGCACUAAUUUCCAAAAUUUGAAUCAGUCUGUGGCUAAUCCUGAAUUUCAAGGAUGGGGGUCUAGUUUAGUUCCGAAACCUGAUAUGACUUCUUCAAGCCCAUUACCUGGGAGUGAAUCCCAAGCCUGGGGAAGCGCUCCAUCCCAGAAGGUGGAACCAAUUAAUCCUGCUACUCAGCCUGUGCAACCACUUGCCCAAGGAAACUGGGGCGAUGCUCCAUCUGUCCAUAAUUCUGCUUCAUCAUUCAGUACAGGAAAUCCAUUGGGGACUUACCCCACUGCAGGCUAUUCGGGCCUGCCUCCAGCUAAUCCUUGGAGACAUCCGGUUCCAGGCAAUCGAUCAGACAUUCAGCCUCCGGCUCCAGCCACCCUAACUUGGGGCGUAGGUGUUGGAGAGAACCAAACUUCCGGGACAAGACCAGGGCCAGAGAAUCAAAAUACUGGUUGGGGUCCAGUGCCAGGAAAUCACAACAUGGGCUGGGGAGGACCUGUUCCAGCAAAUGCGAACCUAAAUUGGGGUGCUUCCGGUCAGGGACCAGCACCUGGAAACGGAACUGCAGGAUGGGUUGCACCUGGAACUGCGGUUCCCGGUUGGGUAUCUGCCAGUCAAGGGCUACCAAUGGGAAACGGAAAUCCUGGUUGGGUUGCUUCUGGUCAAGGGCCAGUACCUACUGGAAAUGCAAAUCCUGGGUGGGCUGCAUCCACGGGGAAUCCGGGCAACAAUGGAGACAUGCUAGCAAACCAAAAUGUUAGAGGUUCUCAUGGUGGUGGAGACUCUGGUUAUGGUGGUGGCAAGUCUUGGAACAGACAAUCCUCAUUUGGUGGAGGGGGAGGGGGUUCUAGGCCUCCUUUCAAGGGGCAAAGAGUGUGCAAGUUCCAUGAGAGUGGGCAUUGCAAGAAAGGAGCUUCUUGCGAUUAUCUGCACACUUGAGUCUCAGGAUUUUGUAUGAGUAGAGCAGUUAAUUACUGUACAGUAAUUUUUCAUAAAAAAAAGGUUUUUGACUCUGUAUAAGCUUUUUGUUUCGAUUUAUAUUAUAUAGAAUUAGUGCAUUUUAGAAUGUCACCGGAUUCUGCUUC